GCAAUCAAUCGGAAGCUAUCAGUUACCUGCUUUCAAGUCAAGCCUUACACAUCCCAAACAACCCCAAUCAAAAUGUUCGCCAAAUUGUUCUUCGUUGCCACUCUGGCCAUCGCUAGCGCCGCCCCCAAGCCAGGAUUCGUGGGUGCCCCUGUGGCCUACUCGGCUCCACUGGUGGCCGCUCCAGCUGCUGUUGCCCCUGCCGUAGCCUACACCGCCGGAUACGCUAACGUAGGAGAUUCCGCCGUUGUCACCUCGCACAACUCCCAGGUUAUCAACCCAGCUUACGCUGCCUACACUGCUGCUGCUCCACUGGCCUAUGCCGCUGCUGCUGCUCCAGCUUUCGCUCCCUAUGCCGCUCCUUACGCUGCUCCUUAUGCUGCCGCUCCUUAUGCUGCCCCAUAUGCUGCCCCGUAUGCUGCUGGAUUCGCCGCUCCUUAUGCUGCCGCACCUCUGGCCUACACCGCUCCACUGGCGGCCAAGUAUGUGCUGUAAAUAGGGGAGAUAGCGUUCCAACAACGGUUAGAAGAAUGAGUGAUUGAAUGAGUUGAUCUCAGUUUUGCAUAAGAUGCAGUGUUGAGUUAUGUUUUCCCUUUCGGUGUAACGAAGCAAAAACUUUUUCGUGAUGGAAAAUGUUGAUAUUAGAAGCAAUAAAUUAUUUAUCAUGAACAACUUAAACAAAAA